AUGGGCAACUCUGUCAGCAGGCCCAGCUGUCUGGGGCAGAAAAGCCCCCGACCCGAAGACGUCCCGAAGGAGCCCUGCUCAGCCGCCUCCAACAACCAGGAGGAGGAGGAGGAGGAGGAGGCUGGCGCAGGCAGGUCCUCAGAGAACGCUUGCCCCGGCCCACGGGUGAUGGAGAAUGGCUGGACCAUGGCAAAGAGCAGCCCCCUCCCCAAGCAAAACAAUCUGGACCUGAAGCUGCCCAGUUGCUGCCCCCUCCAAACUCAGCCGGAAGGAGCCGUGGCCCCCUGGACCUCCCCCGGGAGCUUGGGGGCCAGCUGGGGCUGGAAGCUGCCCACCACCAGGGAGGUGACGGAAGUGACGGAAGUGACGGAGACGGUGGUGACUGAGAUCCUGGAAGUGACAGAGUACCCCGGUGGGGACAGGAGCCGAGAGACCUCGGUGACCAGGGUGGAGAAGGUGCUGGCUGAUGUCCGAGAAGCCCAGGCAGCUGCCCUCCCAGGAGGCACGCAGGGCGCUGGGCUGACCCCGGAGGCUGCAGGGAAGCUGGCUGCCUGGGUGAGUGAAGUGGAGGACCUCAUGGGCCACCAGAAACCUCCUUCGGGGGAAGCCAAGGUCGUGAAGGCGCAGCUGCAGGAGCAAAAGCUUCUGCUGCGCCUGCUGGGGGAGCGGACCCCACACAUCAGCCGCCUUUGCCAGCCGCUCCCUGCUGAGCCUGCCGGUGCUGCCGAGGGACCGGAGCAGCCCAGGGGCCUCGCCAGCCUGCAGGAGAAGUGGGAGAUCCUGGUCCAGGAGGCGGAAGCCAGGCACAGCUGCCUGCAGCAGAUCGUCCCGGCCGCCAGCCUCUUCCAGGAAUCCGUGGAGGCUUUUCAAGACUGGCUGAGCCUGACGGAGCGGAAACUGGCCCAACUCUGGGGAGCCCCUGGGAGCCUGGCACGAAGCCAAGAUGCCCACCAGCAGAUUCAGGUGCGGAAGGUUUCCCUGGAGGCGGCUGGGCUAGUGCAGCGGUUGGAGCAGGUGGAGUUGCAGCUCUUUGCUUCCAAGCCCAUGUGGGGCCACUCCGAAGCCACCAAGGAGAAGCUUGCCCCACUCUCGGAACUGUGCAAAGAGAUGGAAUCCAAGCAGCAAAGGUACCAGCGAGUCCAGGAGAAGCUCCAGCACCUGCUGGCCACCUGCCACCCAAGCGGAGCUUCUACGGCCGAGCACAGCCUGAGGGUCUUGGAGUGGAAGUGGGGCGGCUGCACCAGCCCCCUGCAAGAGCAGAAGACCUCGGCACAGGGGAUGGAAGCCCAGAGCAAGAAGCUGGCAGGGAUGGAGGCGGGGGCUGCCUUCCUGACCCAGGACAACGGGGGCAGUACCCAGGAGCGGCUGGCCCAGGUCCUACAGCAAGUGAGCGAGAGGGGGGAUGUGCUGGAAGAGGCCCACCAGCAGGCCAAGCAGGGGUUCCAGAGGCGCCUGCGGGCCAAACGCCCCGUCUUUGAGGCCACCUUGCAGCAGGGGGCUCUCCUGCGUGGCCAGGCCCUCCUCCCUGCCGAUGGCCAGGAGCUGGAGGCGAUGCACAGGGAGCUGAAGGAGUGCUGGGGGGCUCUGUGGAGCUGGGCAGCCGAGAGGCAGCAGAAGCUGGAGGGCCACCUGCUGUUCUCCGGCUGCUUUGGCGAUGCCCUUCAGGGCCUCCUGGACUGGCUUUGUCGGGCCAAGCCCCAGCUGGCUGAGGAGACCCCCGUGUCUGGGGACAGAGACCUGGUGGGCACGCUGAUGGGGCAGCAUAAGGCCUUCCAGACGGAGCUGGGCCGGCGGGCGGUGGCGGUCACGUCGCUGAGGUGCUCCGCGCAUGUGUUGGUGCAAGGUGGGAACAGCGUGGAUGCCCAGUGGCUGCAGAUCCAGACGGAGGAGCUGGAAGACCGCUGGGAACUCCUUGGCCAGCUCUCGGUCUCCCAGCAGAGCCGGCUGGAGGUGGCCCUGAGGCAGGCAGAGGAGUUCCACCGCCUGCUGUCUGCCUUCCUGAGCCGCCUGUCUGGCCUGGAGAAGCAAGUGAUGGAUGGGGCACCCCCAGAGGAGGAGGAGGAGGAGGAGGCAGCCAUAGCCGAGGGCCAGAGCCAGCUGGAGGAGAUGCAGCAGAGCAUUCAGUGGCAGCAGCUGGAGCUGGACUGCAUCAGCUCUCUGGGCAAGGAGAUCCUGAGCACCUGCCACCCCGAUGCUGUGGGCACCGUCCAGUCCUGGGUCACCCUUGCCAAGACCCGCUUCCAGAAGCUCUGCAGCCAGGUCCAGCAGCAGGAGCAGCGGCUGAAGGGCCAGGCGGCCUCCCUGGCUGCGAACCAGGAGGAGGCAGAGCGGCUCAGCGCCUGGAUCACAGCCGCCCAAGAGACUUUGCGCCUGCGGGACCAGGAGCCCCUCCCGGAGGAUAAGAGGCAACUGGAGGAAAUUGGAUGCCAACACGUGGUCUUCAUGCGGGAGUUGGAGCACAAACAGGCGGAGGUGGAGAAGGUGGCCAAGAGCGGCAGGCGGAGAAGAGCAGCACAAGUGGGCCUGGCGCCUUCUUCCAGCCAGUGGCCUCCUGAUUGGCAUGGUGCCCGCAGAGCUUUGCCCCGGCCCUCCUCCAUGCCCUUGGAAGACCUGCAGCCCCAGGACCCGCUCCUGGCCGAACUAGUGCACCGCUGGCAGUGGCUCUGGGUGGCAGCUCAGGAACGGCAGCAUUGGCUACAAAGUGCCCAGCGGCGCCUUCAGGAGCUGGAAGAAAUGGCCGGCUUCAACUUUGCUGCCUGGCGCAAACGGUUCCUGCAGUGGAUUGGCCACAGGAAGUCCCGGGUCCUAGACAUCUUCCACAGCAUUGACCAAGGCCAAGAUGGGCGCAUCACCCAGCAGGAGUUUAUCAGGCGUGUCCUGGCCUCCAAGUUCCCCACCAGCCUGCCGGAGAUGAAGGCAGUGGCCAAAAUCUUUGACGUGAACAGGGACGGUUUCAUUGAUUAUUACGAAUUUAUCAGCGCUCUGCACCCCAGUCGGGACAUCCUGCACCGGGUGGCCAACGUGGACCACAUCCAGGAGGAGGUGAACCGACAAGUGGCUGAGUGCAACUGUGUGAAGCGUUUCCAAGUGGAGCAAAUCAGUGGCAGCCGCUACAGAUUUGGGGAGUGCCAGCAGCUGCGCAUGGUCCGGAUUCUACGAAGUACCCUGAUGGUGCGAGUCGGGGGAGGCUGGACGGCUCUGGACGAGUUCCUGGUGAAGAACGACCCCUGCAGAGGGAAGGACCAACCUGAAGAUCAAUGA